UGUGGGCCAACAGGAGAGGGGAAGGCUGGGUGGGGGCAGAACAGAAGGGAGAGGACAGCAGGGCAGACACUCUCUCCACCAACACCUGCACCUGGUCACUUGAUUCAAAGGAUCAGUUUUAAAGGACCAAACAUCCAGAUCCAUCCAGGCUUAAACUUUUUCUUUUUUCUUUCUUUGGUUGGUUGGGAAAGAGUGAAACAAGAAGCGUUCAGGGGAUCUUUCUUUUUUCUUAUGUUUCAUGGAAGAAAUCCCUUAAUAGCGACUGAUUUAGGCAGGCAGCUCUCUUUUCCUCUCCCUCUCUCUCUCUCUUUCUCUCUUUCUCUCUUCAGGGGAAUUUGCAAAUCUAUCGGAUUGUUUUAUUCCUGCGCAGCGCUGCUCAAAGAAACACAGAGACAGAAGAGGGAAGAGAUUUUUUUGUUCCAAUCCCAGCUCCCGACGCGCAAAAAGCGGGGAAUGCAGCGGUAACAUCCCGCAAGUUUUUUGGGUCUGGAUCCUCCAAAAAGGCGUCGAGAGAGAAAGUGUGUGAAUUUAAAAAAAAAAGAUUUAGAUCUCUGUGGGCUACCUGCAUGACUGUUACCAUGACAGCAUCUGGAGCCCAACUCCUCCUGUUGGCCUUAUGUGUUUACAGAGUGUCAGGCCUGCAGCAGUCUGCUCCGAGGGUUCGCCUCUCCUUCAAAGAACUGAUGGACACAAGAGCAGCCCGGCCCUUCAGUUUCUCCUUCAACACCAGCGACUACCGCAUCCUCCUGAUGGAUCAGGAUCAGGGCCGUCUGUACCUUGGCAGCCGGGAGUACCUGGUGGCUCUGGAUAUGCACAAUGUCAACAAGGAGCCCCUCAUAAUCCACUGGCCGGCGUCUGCAAAAAGAAAGGGGGAAUGUCAGAUGACAGGAAAGGGAAGACAGGGUGAAUGUGCCAACUUUGUGCGGAUGAUAGAACCGUGGAACCGCACCCACCUCUACACCUGUGGAACGGGGGCGUACCAACCUAUCUGCACGUUCAUCAACAGAGGCUGGAGGGCAGAGGACUACCUGUUCAGGCUGGUCCCUGGGUACGUGGAUUCAGGGAAGGGAAAAUGUUCCUAUGAUCCAAAACAGGAGAACAUUGCAACUCUAAUCAAUGGUAACCUAUACGCAGGGGUCCAUAUCGACUUCAUGAGUACAGAUGCUGCUCUGUUUAGGACCAUGGGAGGGAGAACAGCAAUCAGGACAGAGCAGUAUGAUUCCAGGUGGCUCAACGAGCCGGUGUUUGUUCAGAUCCAGCAGAUCCCUGACAGUGCAGAAAGGAACGACGACAAGCUUUACUUCUUUUUCCGCGAGAAGAGUCUAGACUCGAGCAACGGGGCGAGCCCCAGUGUUUUAGCCAGGGUGGGAAGAGUUUGUCUGAAUGAUGAAGGAGGGCAGAAGUCCCUCGUGAACCGCUGGACGACGUUCCUGAAGGCUCGUCUUAUCUGCUCGGUGAUAGGCGAAGACGGAGUGGAGACGCGAUUCGAUGAACUACGAGACGUGUUUAUUCAGCCCACACAGGAUGAGCGAAACCCCAUGGUGUACGCUCUCUUCACUACAGCGGGCUCUGUGUUCAAGGGCUCGGCAGUCUGUGUGUACUCCAUGGCUGAUAUCCGCAAUGUAUUCAAUGGACCGUUUGCCCACAAACAUGGCCAUAAUUACCAAUGGACAGAAUACACUGGCAAGAUUCCUUACCCACGGCCUGGAACAUGUCCAGGAGGAACGUUCACUCCUGGUAUCCGUUCUUCCAAGAACUUUUCGGACGAGGCCGUGAAUUUCAUCCGAGCACAUCCCCUCAUGUUCCAUCCCGUUUAUCCAAUCCACCGUCGCCCCCUGGUGGUGAGAACGGGCGUGGACUACCGCUUCACUGCCCUGGUGGUGGAUCAAGUGGAUGCUGUGGAUGGGCGCUACGAGGUGCUCUUCCUGGGGACAGAUCGAGGCACUGUCCAGAAAGUUAUAGUUUUGCCGAAGGACCCGACAAGCAUGGAGGAGCUGACACUGGAGGAGGUGGAGGUUUUUCGGACCAGAGCUCCGGUCAAAACAAUGAAGAUAUCAUCUAAAAGACAACAGCUGUACGUGUCAUCGGACGCAGGGUUGACCCAGGUGUCGCUGCACCGCUGUGGUGUGUACGGCAGGGCCUGCUCCGACUGCUGUCUGGCUCGGGACCCCUACUGUGCCUGGGAUGGAGAGAGCUGCUCUGCCUUCACCCCGUCCACAAAGAGGAGGAGCAGAAGACAGGACGUUAAACACGGUGACCCACUGAGGCAGUGCAGAGGAUUCAAUGCCAAAGUGGAGAAACGUCUGAGGGAAACCGUGCAGUUUGGGGUGGAGGGCAGCAGCACCUUCUUGGAAUGUCAGCCUCGCUCUCCCCAGGCCACCGUCAAGUGGCUCUUCCAGAGGGAAGGAAAGAGGAAACUGCUCAAUCGUUUGGGAGGUAUUCUGAAAACCAACCAUGGCGUCCUCCUGAAGACUCUCAACCAAUCAGACGCGGGGCUCUACCACUGCCUCGCCACCGAGAACAACUUUAAACACACCGUGGCCCGCGUGGCACUGCGCAUCCUGGAUCGAGACAUAGUUUUAGCUCUGACCGAUCAAGAUGAGGACGAAGGGCCCAAAACACGCCAAGCGGGACCUUACACGCAGUCAUCCGUCGUCUCCACACCCUUCCCACCCGAGAUUAGACUGAUUAACCAGUACUGCCAGUCAUACUGGGAACAACUCAGUCCAAAACAGCAGCAGCAGCGUAAGCGCACCAGCCGCAGACACACAGAGAGCCAGGACCAAGGCCUCGGCUAGAAGGCGGGAGUGACGCUGUCCAACACUGGCCUGUCUGGACUUUAUGGUGGACUUUUAUUCAUGUUUGACAUGCAUGUUUGUGUGUCACCUCCAUUCAUUAUGCGGGUGAUGCUGUCAUGCUGUUGUUAAAGUACCAUAUUGGUGGUUUUGCCAGCUGAGAAAGUACAAAUUGUGUAUAUUUUACACAAGCUGUGACCAUUUCCCCUCAAAAAACACUGACCAUUUUUAGAUUUAUUUAUCAGUUCACGUUACUUUUAGUAAGUUUUAAUAUCAACUUGCUCAGACUUGUGCCAGACGGCUAUCAUUGGUAUUGUUUUAAAACCUUUUUCUUUUGGUAUGUUCAGGUGCUCGUGGGAAACCCCGGCGUCUGUGACUUGAGAAUCACUGUGGAAGAUCAGCAUUAUUUGGUGCAAAAAAAAACUUUUCACCAUGCACACACUUGCUUAUUAUGCGUCUUCUAAGUUUUAUUUCACAACAACAACAUGACUUGCACAUGCACAGAUUUUAGGGGCAGCUGAUUCAUAAAGGUCCUUGAAUGCAUCUUAAAAGAAGAGUUUUCAAAACAAACUGGACUUCCAUUCAACUCUAAUAUUACUGUGAUUAAAAAAA